GACGUGCGUUCAUGGUGGUUGUUCUCAUCGAAGUCCGACCAAGCCUGACGCCGACCGCCGCGCGAGAUGGCGUUCGGCCGCACGCCGUUCAAGGGCAAGAACUGCAAGGAGAUGUUCCGGAACGUGCUGCACAGGGAGGUCGAGUUCCCGUGCGACACCCAAUGCCGGAUGCCGGAGCUGACCGACCUCAUCUCGCGGCUGCUGCAGCGGGAUCCCGCGAGGCGGCUCGGGUACGCCGGCGGCACUGACAAGAUCCGGGUGCACCCGUUCUUCGCCGGGAUGGCGUGGGACAUGCUCGCGGAUGUGACCCACCCGCCCUACAUCCCGCCGCCAGCGGAGGACAACGCAGCCGACGGCAAGGGCUUCGACGUGAGGGACUACUUCAAGAAGCUCCACCAGUCGCCGGCGCCGCCGCCUCCAGAGUCGGGCUCGUCGUCGUCGUCGUCGUCGGACUACUCGUCGGUGUUCUGACUUGUAUAGCUUACGUGGCCAGCCAUGUGGAUGUGGUAGUCGACUUGCUCCUCGGUAGAUUGCGGUUCCGUAACAAGCGAACGGGGUGCCUGUACAGGCAGUGGCGCAGUGCAAACGUCGAGAACAGGGGCGUGAUGGUGUAAAUAAAUUCGGUGUAGCGCUGGUUGAGACGCGGAAGCAAUUUUCAGAGGUGCACGGUUCAGUUGAGGGUCCAAGGCCUUUUUUGCUCUACUUCAGCCAUGAUGAAUUCACGAGGGGGCUCUGAACUUCUGAUGCAAACCGUGACUUUUGCUACUGCUUCAUCUUGUGUCAUUACUGAAUCUUCUGAUGCAUAGUCUUUGUUGCGCUCGCCGAGGCCAAGAACGAGUACAAUCUGGGCGGCUCCUUGGUGGCGGCCUUGUGAGGCAAUGUUUGGGCGAAUCAGUUCUGUGUCCCGUCUCACGGUCACGCUGUGCCACGGCAAGUUCCACUGGCCGGUCUCGGGACCAAGUACAUCGCACUUGAGUUAGUAUUGAAUCUGUCCUUGACAAACCUAAUGAUGAUAGAGCUCGUCGAGAUCACCAUUGUCGACGCUCCUGCACCUGAUCUGCUCAGCUGUUCGGUGUUGUGCCAGAGACCGCGUUCCUCCUUGCUCCAAAGCUGGGAAGGCAACUGCUCGGCCGAUCAUGAUGUUUGUGUCCUUGACGGACUCAACGUAAUUUCCAGCUGCUAUUUACCGCCGAUCCAGGGGCCUAAUAAAGAGGAUCAGGUCGGCUGAGGCAGCAGCAAAAGCUACCUCCAUGUGUGGUUGAGGGCGUGGGGCCUGGCGUCAAUGCCGUUGGUGGUAUUCUGGCCAUGGCGGACAUCCACAUUAUCGUCGAUACAUGCAUUAUGGGCGGGCCGUAGAAGCGGACGUGCCGCGGGGCGGUAGCUCGCGGUCAGACGGAUCCGUGGGCUACUAGAGGCUGUGAUUGGGGAAGAUGCCGAGGAGGAGGGGGUCGGGGGAGGAGGACUGAAGGGGUGGACGGGGGAGUUGAUCGCAAAAAUUGUGCGGCACCUCGGCAUGGCACCUUUCCUGGUGCAGUUGUUCAGUGCCGGCAGGAGGUCAUGAAGGUGUGGCCAAGCCCGUCUCAGCGAAGAGCUGACAUGACGUGCGGCAAACAUCGCUCGCUCAGUCUGAAUAGGUGCCGUCGCUGCUGGAUUAGGAAGAGAACAGGAGACAUCGUUCCUUGAUUAGGAAGAAUGGACAAAACGCUUGGUCAGAUCAAUGUUGCUGACUGCAUGUAUCACCAUGGCGACCUCACGUGGCCGUGUUCUUCACCUGCUAGAUAAAUAAUGAGGUUAAGCCCCUCUGCUUCCAGUGUGCCGCUUCGCACCAAUAGCAUGCCCUAAUGCGGUGGCAGGAAACCUUCAAAUGCUGCACCAAUCCACAACUAGAGGUCAAGAUUACAAUUUAUGUUCUUUGUUAUGCUGGGAAUGGUGCUGAUCUAUCGUAUUGCAGGCAUACCAUACGUGCUUUCCACGUGUUUGAUGAAAUUCUCAACAACAUAGGUUACACUAAUAAUUUAACCCUCCAA